AUGUCGGAGAAGAAAGAAGAAACACCAGUAGAGACUGCGAAGGAGGUUCUUCCCGCCAAAAGUGCCAGUCACGUCGAGGAGGCUGUUCUCGCAAGUCUGACGGAGGAGGAUGUCUGGAGGCUCUCGCAGGAAUCGCUGACCAUGUGGUCGUGGACAGGAGUGCGCCUGUGUCUCAUUCUGUUUGUCCAAGGAUGUAACCAGGCAGGGUUUGGUGUCGAUUGGGCUGUUAUCGGUGGCAUCAACGCCUACGACUCCUGGCAUGACUAUUUCGGCUUCGGGACUUCAGGCGGCACGUACGGUCUGCUCAAUGCUUUGAUGAAUAUCGGGAACGUCUGCGGCGCACCAUUCUUAGCCCUAUCUGAUAUCAUCGGUCGCCGGAGUGUCAACUUUAUUGGGAACCUCCUCGUCAUCGUCGCCUCCAUCAUGCAAGCCACCUCACCAAACCUCAAGGUGUUCAUGGCCGGCCGGUUCUUCAUGGGUUUCGGCUCCGCCAUGCUCUCAAGCUCUCAAUACAUGGGCGAGAUCUCACCCGUGCAUCUUCGUGGUCUUCUAGUCGGUAUCUUCGGCGCUUUUUUCCAAAUCGGUAGUCUGAGCAUGACAGCCGCCAUGAUUGGAAUCACCAAGAUAGAGGGAAACCUGCAAUGGCGUCUCCCGCUCUACCUCAACAUGAUAUUCCCCGUCAUCGUCUGCCUCCUAAUGUACGUCGUGUGCCCUGAAUCGCCUCGCUACUACGUCCAGCGUGGGAAACGCGAUGCAGCCAAGCGCGUCGUCGCGAAGUACCACACUACCAGUGGAGAUAUUAACCAGCCUAUCGUCGACAUUAUCGUCUCCCAAAUGGAGGCCUCCAUCGAGAACGACCGCGCCGGCCAUCAGAAGUUCUGGGACUACUCGGUUUUUCUCAAACGCACCGUUCGAUACCGUCUCCUAGUCCUCGUUCUAUAUUCCAUCUUCCAGCAGUGGAAUGGUGGCGGCAUCAUCACUUACUACAUGGUCCCAGCCCUCGAAACAAUCGGAGUCGACGGUGACAUGCAGCAGCUUGGGAUUCAGCUGGGCACAACAGCAGUAUACUUGGUUUUCACGGGUGUUGGCGCCGUCAUCAUAGAUCGGUUCCGUCGCCGCACCAUGAUCUUCACCGGCCUGGCUACAAUGAUUCUUUUCCAGACAACGACGACAAUCACUUCCUGGCAAUAUGACAUCAAUGGAACUAGAGCAGCCGCGGGACUCACUAUAUUGUGGAUAUAUCUCUAUCAAACCUUUUCCGCUACCUUUGUUGCGACGAUGCAUAACCUCUACCCUAUUGAAGUCCUAUCUCUGCCGCUUCGAGCGAAGGGAAUGGGAAUGUUCUCCGCAAUACAAGGGCUUGCGGGGGCCGUCCAGUCAUACGGGAUAAGCGUAGGAAUUGAUAAGUUGGGCUACAAGGUGUGGGUUGUGUAUAUCGCAUAUAACACGAUCCAGCUGGUCCUCUCCUACUUCAUCUUCCCCGAGACGUCGGGGUUAUCGUUGGAGGAAAUUGAUGUCAUCUUUGAAACCCCUGGAAUAAGGCCUGUGAAAAUGGCAAACGACAUCUAUAAUGCAAAGAAGAUUAGUCGUGCUGGAGCUAUCCCCUGA